UAGAAAGAGUGUGGUUUUCAAAGGAGUUAUGGAGUUUUGGUGGAAUACUGCAGACUUCCUUGAAGGAAUGGGUCUGGAAGUGGAAGAGAGCUCUAUCUUCUCUCAUGUCAUGCAGACCAUUGAUCGUAUCGCCAAUGUCCUAUCAACUGAGCCCACUGUAGACCCUGAGCUUCAGGAGAAUGACUCAGAUGACAACGAAGAUGAUGACGAGGACGCAGGUUCUAAAUCUGAUGACAGUGAGGAGGACAAAAACCCAUCUAACGCUGUUGAGUGUGCCGCUAAGGUGAUCAUCAAGAAACCAUCAUCAUCACCAAUACCGUCGUCAUGCCCUAAAAGGGCCCUUGUUGAGGCGGCUACAGAGAUGAUCGGUGAUGUCCCUUCCUUGGGAUCUGGUGCCAGCGAUUCUGUAGUUCAUGGGAGGACAGCAGCUACUGCCGCCAAGAAACACAUGAGGGAUCAGUGGACGUUGAUGACCAGAGAGCGAGCUGGGUGUUUUCCUGAGGGAGCACGAGAACGCCCAGAAGAGCCCCAGACACAGCCACCGAUGCUGGCCCUGAGGACAAGGACAGGGCUACCCUCUAGGUCUCUGGCAAAAGCUAGAGCUAUUCCGCUCAAAAGGGAUCCCUUGGCGAGAGCUCCGGAGCACCUCAGACAACAUUUUCCAGGACCAGAGCCUAGAUCAAAAGCAAUAAGUGUUUCAACAGGUCUUUACACAGAGCAAGUCCCAGUUUCUGCAUCACUGGAACAGGAAGUGACAUCAUCAAUGGAGAAGAUGCCAAAGGAGCCGAAGCAGAGGACAGGGGGCUCCACUGGUCAAUGGCCUGGGAAGGGGGCCCGAUCAAACACAUUCACAGAGCCAAGAGAGAACAGUGGGGAGCCUGAGGAGGAAGAAUGUGAGGAGGAGGAAGAGCAGGGGGUGAAUGUUGACGGACGGCAGUGCUCUGGUGAGAAGCAUGGCACCAAACCUGUCUCCAAGUAUCACACUGUGUCCUACAGAAAGAUCCGUAAGGGAAACACUAAACAGAGAAUUGAUGAGUUUGAGUCCAUGGUAAACACAUAAACCUGAUGCCAAGUUGGAGUUUGUGAACUUUUUGCCCUGUCCUUCUGUCUUAAUUUUUGUAUAUUUCUGAGCAUCCAAUAAUUACUAAAACCUAUUCUUUAUAAAAUGUAUGGAACAUAAAUCUGUAUUAAUUCAUUAUUAUUCUAUUUGCUUUAAACUGGUUCAGGUUUAUUUCUUUUGUAAAACGAACAGUAUAUUAAAUGUUCUUUCAAACAUUCCUUGACGAAAACUAGAGCAAGACAUCUCUUUCCACGUCAUAGAGAACCACAUGCUUUCUAUACCAUUUACAGACACAGGGUGGCGCUUGUGAUCUCGAUUUAUUAAAGAUCAAAAGUAGAAAAUGUAUGAUGUACUGUUAGAUCAAUAUAUAUUAGGACAAAAUAUUCCUGCAAAGAUAUUAAAACAACUUUAAGGUUUGGGCAUGACAGUUUAGUUUGGUUAGGUUAUGUUAAGGCAUGAUGAUUUGGUUAUUGAGGUUAAAGUCAGGAUGAUGGUUAGAUUAUGGUUAGUGUAAGGUUAGGUUUAAGGGACAAAGGACCUUUCAGUUUUUCUGGUCCCCAAAAGGAUAGAAAAACAUACGUUUGUUUGUAUUUGAGAGAUCUGUUUUACUGUACAUAUGAUUAGGGCUGGGUGUUACGGUUAGGUUAGGAUACAUUUAGAUAUAAACAUUGGGUAAUGAAGGUUAAGGUCAUGGUAAGGUCAUGGUUAGGAGUGGGGUUAGAUUUCAGGGAUGGGGAAAAUUGGGAUAUUCUUUCUGGUUUUUAAAAAGCAUUAGAGGUUUGGGAAAUAGGUUUCUGAAUGGAAAAAAAAUGUAGUCCUGAAAAGUAAUCAAAACAUAGUGUUUGUGUUUGAUUGUGUGUGUGUGUGUGUGUGUGUCAAAGCCAGAGAGAGAGAUGAGCAAAUAUUGUGAUGUGGUUUCAUCAGACGGCAAUAUAGUUGAGUCUAGUCUGCACUGCAACCAUCUAACAACAAAAUGUCAACAUAGUGAUUAUAACAGAUUGAAAUAUGACAUUUAAGCCUUUAUUAAUAUUAAUGGACAGCAUUUUAUUCUGACCUUAGUGUCUCAGAGAUGCAUGCAGAUUUCUCACACAGGACAGAAAAUAAAAGAGCAAUCAUGUAAA